ACAGACAACACCUCACAGGCGCGCAAUUCGUCUGAGAGCUUCGACACUGCUUGACGCUUGUAUCCGAACAGCAAUGUCGCAUACACCGACAGCUUCUUUCCCUUCCACUCUGCCCAAUGACACGACGCCAAUCACGAACUCGGUCCUCCCCAACUCUCCAUCCCGUCUCGGGUCAUCAGGCGGGAGAUGCCACCCCACGGCUUCGGCAGACUUUUGGUCACACUCGGCCUUUUCAGUCCUAAGCAUGUGCGGGACGGACGCUUACUUUUGCUCGUGGUGGAGGAAUGGGACGGGGGCCCAACCAAGCGAGCUGCAUUCUUUUUCCAGCCCAGGCUCACUCUCUCCGUCGAUGGGUUCAUCUGCAUAAAACCUCCCACAAGUCUGGCUCAAACGAUCGUGUGGUGUGCCAAUCUCAGCAUCUCAGAACAUUCAGCAGUGGACUCGGUGGUCGACUAGUUGCGUACCACGGCUGCCCGUCUCGGAUACCUCAUCGCACGACAGCAUCCCGUCAGCGGCCCUCUGCCUCAGCUUCGGUUUCACUGCAGACAUUUGACAGCUCGCACAGUAGUGCCAGCCGACCAUUGUCGACGUCGAGCGGACCUGUCUCUAGUCUCCUGGCUCCUGAAUCAGACCCUGAACCGACCAUCGGGGAACGAUGUGUUUUAACAGCCGUGCCACAAGCGAGCGAAGCGAAGCCCAAUGAGAUAUUCCGAACCAGACUCGUCUAUUCAACGAAUCGUCUCGAGGAUGUGCGGUGCCUGACUGGGAUGACUCUUGCGUCCGAAAGGGUUCCGGCCGAUGGACGAAGCUUCGAGCCUUCAACUCCUCGAGAUGGUAAGCAGCGCCGCAGCGAGGAGGGAGAUCCCUCGUUACGGCGGGGCCAAGCUCCAAAGAACUCAGUCAUGCAGGUAGGAGAAUCCCAGCUGCCACGGGGCCAAGAGGUGGCCGUCCGCGACGUUCCCGCCCGCGGAAAACCACACGUGAGAGCUCAGGUACAGCUCCAUUGCUUUGAACUGCUUCAAGAAUUUGCGCGCUCAAUAUUCGUACGGGGUUUUUUUUUCUGUUGCCUAAUUUCGUCGUGGAUUACUACCUUCAAAAAUGGUGCCAAUAUACAUGGCCGGAGCUACGAAGAGUAAUAAAAGGAAAAGGAUAUCUUGGUUAUACAAAUGCCCCGGCGCUCCCCGCCAUCGGCUCCUGAAUGCUGCUCGCACGCAGUGGAGUUUCCAAACAAGCGAUUCGACUGAUAUCAUGGCGCGCGCUCUCUCCCC